AUGCGCUGGGAGAAGCCCUACAUGGAGGCGUGCGCGGAUGCGCUCGACGUCGGCGCCGACGACGCCGUCCUCGAGGUCGGCUACGGCCUCGGCUUCUCCGCGGCGCGCGUCGCCGCGGCGCGGCCGCGGAGGCACGUGGUCGCGGAGUGCGACGAAGCCGUCGCGGCGCGCGCGGCCGCCGCGGGCUUCGAGGUCGCCGCGACGACGUGGCAGGCGUUCCUCGCGCGGCCGCCGACUGAUUCAUAUACCCGCGUCUUCUUCGACGACUUCCCCAUCGUCGCCGCGGACGCCGGCGACGCGAGCCGCUGGCGGACGUUCCUUCGCGCUGUGACACCGCACCUCGCGGCCGGCGCGCGCGUCACGGGCUACGCCGCCGACGAGGCCCUGCUCCGCGCGUCGCUCCCCGGCGGCUUCGCGCUCGCGUCCGCCGCGGCCUUCGCGUGCGAGCCGCCGCCGGACUGUCCCUACCUGGCGCCGGGCGCCGGGGACGCGCUCGUCGUGCCCGUCGUCGUUUUUAACACAAUCUAA